UCAGUGUGAGCAAUCUACUGCACAGCACAAGCCGGUGUAUGGUCAUCUCUGAUCCUCCAACGAUUAUAACGAGAUACAAGAUGCUGUGGCGAUGUGUUUGGGCCCUCAUGCUGCUGUUUGCAAGUCUCAUACAAGCUGACACUGAAAAAAGAGCUGAAAUGUCACCGAUGCCUUUCGUGCUUGGAUCCAGGUAUGGACGUUCACCACCGAGGAUGCUGACGCCAAGGAAUGACAGGUUCUUCAUGGGGAGCCGGUAUGGAAAGCGAUCUGAGGGUGCAGCUGGAGUGACGCUAGCAUCUGGACCACCCACACUGGUCUGCGAGUUCACAGGGCUGUACCCAUUGUACAGGUGCACAGGUUCCACUCCCGCUAUACGACACCUAUAUGAUACCAGGAGAAAUGAAGAAGGUGGGGAAGAAGAGUAAACAUCGCUGUCCAAUGCCUCACGAUUACAACAGUUG